AUGGCCAGGAAUUCCGAGAAGGCGAACUCGAUGCUAAACAAGUGGCUGAGAAUCAAGAGCGGCAUAGAGCAGGAGCAAACGCUCAUACGGCCGCGCCACACCAGCGAAGUGACGAACCUGAAGGACGCGGAGAAGUGGCGAAGCGCCACGAUAAAGGAGAUCAUGUUCAACAUCACGAAGAUACAGGACGCCUCCCUGGGCGAGUUCGUAGUGCGGGACCUGAACGACGAGAUAAACCGGCUAAUCGGGAUCAGGAAGCACUGGGACGACAGGAUCAUCGAACUGGGGGGAACCGACUACAGAAAGCUUUCGGCCAACCUGGAGUCUAACUACGGGUCGGAGCUGAAGGUGGGAGGCAGCGGCUACAAGUACUUCGGGGCGGCCAAAAACCUCCCUGGCGUGCGCGAGCUGUUUGAGCAGCAGCAGAAGGAGCUGGAGGUGAACCUGAAGGACGUGACGAGAGCAGAGCUAUACAGAAUGAUCAGCCCUGACUACUACGGGUUCAAGGACGAGCAGGACCCGGAGCUUCUAAGGCAGGAGCACGAGCUUGAGCAGCAGCUGUUAUCGUCAAAUCGAUAA